AUGGCGUGGGUGAUGCGGCAGAGGCACCUGUGGGAGCCGCCGAGGGCGCCGAAGCUGAAGCGGCGCGCGAAGGAGCGGCCUGCCCCGGCGGAGCCGCUCACGGCGGAGCAGGAGCGGGGGUACCGCGAGUGCGACGUGGGCAAGAAGCUGAUGCGCCAUAAGUGGGACGGGCUGCAGCAUAAGUGGGGCGGGAUGCGCCCGCGCCGGAUCAAGAGGCCGCCCAAUAUGGCCCGCCACCGCGACGGCGCCAAAGAUGGAGGACCCAAACUGCUCGCGAAGCUUGCGGCUGCGCAGGAGUAUUUCAAGGAGCCGCCGCCAGGGGCGGACGAGUCGAUGCGCAAGGGCUGGGCUCGAACACGCGGUCUGGUGGAGAGGAUGGAGCUGUUUGCGCGACAGUUCCUGGACUUGGGCGAUCCGAAGCUGCAGCUGCCGAAAGGGCCGCAGAACGGGCUGCUCCCGGCGCCGAAGCUGGACAUCUUGGACGUCACGGGUAGAGGAGUUGAUCCGCUGGCGAGCACGAGGCUGGGUGUGCGGAAGCCGUUGCGCGUGGACGAUGCGAAGCUGGCGCCGCCACAAGGGGCGCAGAAGGGGCUGCGCCAGGACUCAGCGUGGGAGAUGGCCGGCUUCGGCACCAUCUCGGCUGGACGACGCAAUCCGCUGGAGAACACGAUGCUGUCCGUGCAAAAGGCGUUGCGUGUGGAUGAUGCGAAGUUGGCGUCGCCGCCGCAAGGGCCACGGAACCCCAGCUCCAGCGCAGCGGCUAGAGUAGAUGUUUUGCAUGACAAGUUGGGGCAGAUGACCAAAGUACUAACAAAGGUACUCCAUGAGGCGGGCGUCCUACAGGUCUCAAUGAAGCUCCUGCGGUUGCUAUGCCCAGAUGUCGGUUCUAGCGCCGCAGCUGGAGGCGCUCUGGAUGGGAACGAUUGGGGGCUGGUUGAGGAGGCGAUAGACAAUUUGGUGAAUCAGACCGGGGAGGGCAUGCAGGACAUUGUCAAGACAGUGAUACCAAAAGUUUUUUCCAAGGAGGUUCUUUAUGACCUCAUAAUGGCGUGUGUUGGACGAUACCCAAAGUUGUUAGAAGAUGAUAAAGGCAAGUUAACUACAAAAAAAUAUGAGCAGUACCAGAAGCAGCUUGACCUCAUGGUGAACCUUACUACGGUUUAUGAUAACGAUCCUGAGAAUUUCCCCAAGAUAAUGAAACUCAUGUGCAAGAUCGGAGGAUGUGGUGCACUUCCCAGUGAAGUCAUUGAUGAUAUAUCUCCUGGUCUUGAUCUGAGUAUCAUGGAGCAACUGUAUUCUGGGAUGCUGGAGCUGCUGCAUAAUGUUGGGCAGAGAGUCCCCUGUUGAUACCAAUCCUUGCUCCGAAUGAAGCAGUGGCGACGUGCACCAUUGAAAGAGUUACCGUCCUCUGUAAAGCAUCAUACGCAGACGAAUAACGAAUUCAUUCUUAGUUUCCUGUUUAGUUGAGAAAUUGGUACAUGAACACAUUUGGUUAGCACUGCAGCUCUGGCACGCAAAUGUGUUUCUACUGAGUGGUAACUAGCGUUGGACGUAUGAAGUGACGAAAUGAAUCUGUACUCUACUAUUUCCUUUAUA